UAUAACAUAGUAUGAUAAUUUAAUAUGGUAAUAUAGUGUAAUAAUUUAAUAGUAAUAUUUUAGUUUAAUAUAAUAUAGUAUAAUAAUUUAAUAUUAUAAUAAUAAUAAUAUUAAUAAUAAUAAUAAUAAUAAUAAUAAAAUUAUUAUUAUUAUGUAUUACCGGCCUGUCCUUCCCACUCCAGGCAGGCUUUGGGGUUGGACUAGAUGCCCUUUGAGGGUCCCAUCGGACUCUAUAGGCUUCAGUAUAUCUCUUUAUGACUGAAUGGGGUUGGACUAGAUGCCCUUUGGGGCUCCCUUUUGCCACUCAGGGCUUUGGAAUGAGGAUGAGCCAAUGGGGAAGCCAUUUCCUCCCCUUUCCUCCAAAUCCCUCCUUCUUUUCCUCUUUUUUUUCCCCUUUUUCACUUUCUAUUUUUCCCGGCAGACGGAUGAGAAAUCCCACGGCAGACGGUUCCCACCAGCCCGGACUUGGCAAAAUGGAAGAGGACGGCGAUCCCGACGCUUCCGUACACAACGUCGCAACUAUCCGCCGCUCGAAGUCUGACCUCAGCCGGGCCGCGAUGUUUUAAAUCGAGCCGAGAUCCGGCCACGAUGUGGGACAACUCGACCGCGGACACGGGCUCCUGCUUCCGCUGGCCGAACGCCACGGAGGAGCCCCCGGCCGCCAUCUCCUCGCCGUGGUUCUCGGCGGCCUUUGGCGCGGCCGGCCUGGGCUCGAACCUCCUGGCGCUGGGCGUGCUGGCGUCCUCGUCCCGCAAGAGGCACAGCCGCUCCCGCUCGUCGUUCCUGGUCUUCCUCUGCGGCCUGGUGGUCACCGACUUCCUGGGCCUCCUGGUCACGGUCUCCAUCGUGGUGCCGUACCACUUUGUCCGCUUCGACUGGUGCCGCCUCGACCCCGGGUGCCGCCUCUGCCGCUUCAUGGGCCUGGCCAUGGUCUUCUUCGGGCAGUGCCCGCUCCUCCUCGGGGCCGCCAUGGCCGGCGAGCGCUUCGCGGGCAUCACCCGGCCCUUCUCGCGCUCCGCGGGUCUGUCCAAGCGCCGGGCCUGGACCCUGGUGGGCGCCGUCUGGGCGGCGGGCUUCCUCCUGGGCCUCCUGCCCCUCCUCGGCCUCGGCCACUACACCCUCCAGUACCCCGGCUCGUGGUGCUUCCUGACGCUGGUCCACGACGCCGGGGACGUGGCCUUCAACCUGCUCUUCGCCCUCCUGGGACUCGUCUGCGUCGGCCUCUCGUUCCUCCUCAACACCGUCAGCGUGGUCACCCUCUGCCGCGUCUACCACGACGCCGAGGCCGCCCAGCGGAGGAGGGACAGCGAGGUGGAGAUGAUGGUCCAGCUGGUGGGCAUCAUGGUCAUCGCCAGUGCCUGCUGGCUCCCCUUGCUGAUCCUGAUCGUCCAGACGUCUCUCCGGUCCCCUCCACCCGGCCUGUCCCCGCCCCAGAUCCCCCGCGGGACGGAGGAGCUGCUCCUGAUCUACCUGCGGGUGGCCACUUGGAACCAGAUCCUGGACCCCUGGGUCUACAUCCUCUUCCGGCGGGCCGUCCUGCGCCGCAUCUACCCCAGCUUCCGGCCCCGGCCCUCCAUCGUCUCCCUGUACCCCGCCAUCAACCCCUCCCUCCGCCGGAAGUUCACCCAGGAGUCGGUGCUCCAGUGAGAGAGAGCGGACACUCUCCGUUCACCGCUCACUCUCGAUUGUCCAGAUAUGGCCCGUGGUCCAGAUGUGGCCUACAUACGAAUGUGACCUAUUGUCCAGAAUUGUCCUAUCGUCCAGAUGUGGCCCGCAUGAAAAUCUGACCUAUUGUCUGAAUGUGGCUCAUGGUAAAGAUGUGACCUACAUACGAACGUGACCUAUUGUCCAGAGUUGUCCUAUCGUCCAGAUGUGGCAUGCAUGCAAAUGUGACCUGUUGUCCAGAUGUGGCUUACCUACAAAUAGGACCUACUAAGAUGUGACCCAUGGUCUGGAUGUGGCGUAUAUACAAUUGUGACCUAUUGUCCAGAUGUGUCCAGAUGUAUUGUCCAGAUGUGGCCUGCUUACAAAUGAGACCUAUAUACAAGUGUGACCUAUUGUCCAGAUGUGGCCUACAUACAAAUAGGAUCUAUUAAGAGGCAGCCCAUGGUCCAGAUGUGGCUUAUAUAGAAAUGUGACUUGUCCAGAGUUGUCCCAUGGUCCAGAUGUGACCAGUGGUCCAGAUGUGGCGUAUAUAUCAAUUGUCCAGAUGUGGCCUACUUACAAAUGAGACCUAUUGCUAAGAGGUGGCUCGUUGUCCAGAUGUGGCCUAUACACAGAUAUGACCUAUUGUCCAGAUGUGGCCUGUGGUCCAGAUGUGGCCUCCAUAGAAAUAUGACCUAUUGUCUACAUCCAAAUGCGAACCAUUGUCCAGAUAUGGCCCAUGGUCCAGAUGUGGCCUACAUAAAAUGUGGCUUAUCAUCCAGAGUUGUCCUAUUGUCCAGAUGUGUCCCGUGGUCCAGAUGUAGUCUACUUACAAAUGGGACUUAUUGCUAAGAGGUGGCUUGUGGUCCAGAUGUGGUCUAUACACAAAUAUGGCCUAUUGUCCAGAUGUGGGCUACGUAGAAAUAUGACCUAUUGUCCAGAUGUGGCCCAUGGUCGAGAUGUGGCCUACAUAAAAUAUGGCUUAUCGUCCAGAGUUGUCCUAUGGUCCAGAUGUGGCCUACGAAAAAUGUGGCUUAUCGUCCAGAGUUGUCCAGAUGUGUCCCGUGGUCCAGAUGUGAAGUGGAUACGAAUUGUCCAGAUGUGGCCCGCAAACCUGAUGUGGUCUCCAUAGAAAUAUGACCUAUUGGCCAGAUGUGGCCUACAUAUAGAUAUGACUCAUGGUCCAGAUGUGGUCUCCAUAGAAAUAUGACCUAUUGUCCAGAUGUGGCCUACAUAUAGAUAUGACUCAUGGUCCAGAUGUGGUCUCCAUAGAAAUAUGACCUAUUGUCCAGAUGUGGCCUACAUAUAGAUAUGACUCAUGGUCCAGGUGUGGUCUCCAUAGAAAUAUGACCUAUUGUCCAGAUGUGGCCUACAUAUAGAUAUGACUCAUGGUCCAGAUGUGGUCUCCAUAGAAAUAUGACCUAUUGUCCAGAUGUGGCCUACAUAUAGAUAUGACUCAUGGUCCAGGUGUGGUCUCCAUAGAAAUAUGACCUAUUGUCCAGAUGUGGCCUACAUAUAGAUAUGACUCAUGGUCCAGGUGUGGUCUCCAUAGAAAUAUGACCUAUUGUCCAGAUGUGGCCUACAUAUAGAUAUGACUCAUGGUCCAGAUGUGGUCUCCAUAGAAAUAUGACCUAUUGUCCAGAUGUGGCCUACAUAUAGAUAUGACUCGUGGUCCAGAUGUGGCCUCCAUAGAAAUAUGGUUCACUGUCCAGACGCAAAGCUUGGGAAUGGGAUCUAUUUCGGACUAGGGUUCCCCCGAUCCCCGACCCAGCACAAAUUGUGUUGCGUUGUGUUACGAUAACAAAAUACAGCCAGUUUCUUUUAAAAUAA